CGCGUGAUUGGCUUGGAAGGAUGUGAAUGAUGCCGCUGUGAUUGCAGAAUUGUCUGGGCAGGUUUGGACCCUGGUGAGCUCUGGUGACCUGUGCGUCCUCUGCGGAGGAAGAGGAGGGAGAGGCUUGCUUUCUCUGGCCUCUAGCGGUCACGUCCCAAUCAGGAGCCCUGAAGGCUCACCUCAGGCGUCAUCAACAUGGAGUUCUGAAGUCCAUGUGGCUCCUCGCCGUGAACCAGGUCUUAAGGACAAUGCAGAGACGCCACAGCAGCAACACGGAUAACGGCCCACCUGAAAGAAAUCGCAGCCAAGCACUCAGCUCCGAGGCGAGCGUGGAUGAAGGCGGCGUCUUUGAGAGUCUGAAGGCAGAGGCGGCCUCCCCACCUGCGCUCUUCUCCGGCCUCCCCGGCCUCCCGGCCGGCAGCCUCCCCACCGCCCCGUUCCCGUCCAGCCUGGUGCUGGGGGCUUCGGCCGGAGGCGGGGACGUGUUCAUCCAGAUGCCAGCGUCCAGGGAGGAGGGCGGGGGCCGGGGCGAGGGGGGCGCCUACCACCACCGCCAGCCCCUCCCCCACUUCCACCAUGGCGCCCACCGCGGGAGCUCACUGCUGCAGCACGUGGGUGGGGACCACCGUGCUCACUCCGACGAGGGGGGCGACGAGCAGCCGGGGACGCCCGCCCCUGCCCUGUCCGAGCUGAAGGCCGUGGUCUGCUGGCUCCAGAAAGGCCUGCCGUUCAUCCUGAUCCUCCUGGCCAAAGUGUGCUUUCAGCACAAGCUCGGCAUUGCCGUGUGCAUCGGGAUGGCCAGCACCUUUGCCUAUGCCAACUCCACGCUGCGAGAACAGGUCUCCCUGAAGGAGAAGAGAUCGGUGCUGGUCAUCUUGUGGGUCUUGGCCUUUCUGGCCGGAAACACCCUGUACGUGCUCUAUACGUUCAGUUCCCAGCAGCUGUACAACAGCCUCAUAUUCCUGAAGCCCAACCUGGAGACACUGGACUUCUUCGACCUGCUGUGGAUCGUGGGCAUCGCAGACUUUGUGCUGAAGUAUGUCACCAUCGCCCUCAAGUGCCUCGUCGUGGCCCUGCCCAAGAUCAUCCUGGCUGUCAAGUCCAAGGGCAAGUUCUAUCUGGUCAUCGAGGAGUUGAGCCAGCUGUUCCGAUCGCUUGUCCCCAUCCAGCUGUGGUACAAAUACAUCAUGGGGGACGACUCUUCCAACAGCUACUUCCUAGGAGGGGUCCUGAUUGUUCUCUACAGCCUGUGCAAGUCAUUCGACAUCUGUGGCCGUGUGGGUGGAGUUAGGAAAGCCCUGAAGCUUCUAUGCACCUCUCAGAAUUAUGGAGUCCGGGCCACCGGGCAGCAGUGCACAGAAGCCGGUGAUAUCUGUGCCAUCUGCCAGGCUGAGUUCCGGGAGCCCCUGGUCCUUAUGUGUCAGCACGUGUUCUGUGAGGAGUGCCUCUGCCUCUGGCUGGACCGGGAGCGCACCUGCCCGCUCUGCCGCUCCGUUGCCGUGGAUACGCUGCGCGGCUGGAAGGACGGGGCCACUUCGGCACACUUCCAAGUGUAUUAGGGCCGGAGGCUGAGGCCGAAGCUGCCGGAGAGCCAGCGUCAUCGGUCCGGCUCUGGGACCUCCUGGAAAACAGGCCUCAAGCUCUGAGGAGCCUGCCUGCUGCCUUUCCCCACCUCUCCCCGCAGAGCCAGGCCCCUGUGCCCCCGCCCUUCACCUUCCUCUCCUGUGGCUUAGUGCGGGCCCUCUCCCCCUUCAACCCUCCUGACUCAGACCUGGCCUCCUCCCAGGGGGGGGGUCUCCUGCCCCCUCCACAUGAAGGAACCAGGACAGACAAGUCCUGCCUGUUGUUAUUUUAACUCACGGUGUCCUAAUACCGGAUGCUGCCCGCUGGGAGGGGCCUGGAGAUCCCUGCUUCCCCUUCCCCCCACGUGGCUCAGGUCUGCAGAUAAGAAUCCCUGUGGAGCGUUUCCCAAAUACGGAUGCCGCGCCCCACCUUAUACUCCAAUAGUGUACCAAGCCCUUCAUGCCUGCGAGCUAAGCAUCUGCUUGGAUGACCUCUUGUAAUCCUCCCAACAGCCCUGGGAGGGGGAGGUACUGGCGUUUCCUCUGUUUUACAGAUGAGGAAACUGAGGCACAGAGCUCUAGGUGGCAACUUUCCCAGGGUCACCCAGCUAGCAAUGGCGGACUGAGUUUCCAACCAGGCCCAUCUGGCUUCAGAGCCCAGGCUGUCACCCACCAUGCUCAGCCGCUCAGCACUGCAGGCGUGGGGCCCAGCAGACAUGGACUUCUGUGUUUUGUGUGUGUGUGUUUUAAGGCACCAGAGCUGAUUUUGAUGCCCAUCAGCGGCCCAGGUGCAUGGCCCAUUUGAUCUGGGCCCCACCGAGGAUGCCAAUGGCGGGCACUGGCUCUAGAAAUCUAGCUGUGGCCAAGUUCAUAGAAAGAGUUGGUCUUUAAAAUUGCUAAUUCGCUGGGCUCCGACUGGGGUGUUCAGUCACAUUUGGGAGUCAAGAAUGGCCAGCUUUGGUCCCGAUGCAGACAUCUCUGGGCCUCUCCACCUGUCUUCAUCUCUCUCCUCCUCCUGUUCUUGUCUCGUCCUGCAUUUAAGUCUCCGCUCGUCGACCGCUCCCGUGCCAACCAUUGCCUUCUCCCCCGGCAGCCUUGAGAGCAAAAUGGAUGAUCUGUGUUACAGAUUUUUCCACAAGCCAGGGUGGUGGCAUGGGGCACUGCAGCACUCAGUGCUUCUGGAAUCUCUAUCCCAGAGCUACUCAUCUCUGUAAGAUGAUGGCUUCUCCACCUGAGAGACCCUCCCUGCUUUGAAUCUGGAAGGAGACGGCACAGGCGAUCACUUAGAAGCUACUGGAAUCCCGCCUGCCCUACCCCCCUCCCCACUCUGUUCACUCACCGUCAGCCUCAGCACAAUGAGCUGGUGCCAGUGGCGUUAGGGAGAAAUCAGUCUCAUGGCUCGUGAGCAGGUUAGUAACAGAGCCCCGGCAGAAAUGCUGGAGACUUCUCUGCCACCUGGCUCUCAGCCAGUCACAACAAGCCCACCCCACCCCUCAGAGCUUCAGGACAUUUGCCCCCGCGCUAUCAAGCCAGGACCUUUUCCUGCGCCUGACAUCCCUGGCUCUUUCCUGGUUCCCAGCAAGACGUCCCUUCCAGGGCAGCGUGGCAUCUUUCAAGCUCUGUUACUAUGGCGAUGGCUGCACUGUUACAAUCCCACUUGCCUGGAUAAUCAAGUCGGAAGGGGAAGCGGAGGGAAGUCGGGCUGGGGGGUGGGGAUGCGGCUGCUCUGCUCCCCCUGCCUUGAGGAAGAGCCAAAGGGAAGCAACAGGAGCUCCUGCCACUGGCUUUUAUCAGAAAGACCCUCCUGGCCGCAGAUGCCAUCAAAGAGACACAAGAAAUUGGAGCUGGAGAAGGUUUAUUAACGUGCCAGCUUGUGACCGGGCAGGCAGAGCAGAAUCCUGAUUCCAAACUCCGCAUGGCUUUGGGAAAUCACUUCUCCCCCCCAUAGCCGCCUCAGGAGGAAGAAACCUCGUGCGCUUUCUGCUGGCCCGAGGACACUAACGAUGUAGGACACUGGUGGAGGUGCCAGUGGUUUUGUCAGUUACACUCAUGCCACCGAAAGUAAGAAAGAAAGCCCCACACAUCUCUGAAUAUUAUCCUCCAAAUAAUGAGCCGUGUCUCUGACGUUAUACAUAAUGUCACUUGUGGGGGAUUUCAGCGACAGGUGGAAUGACUUCAUUUAGGAUUUUACUUCUUCAUUCCCUACCCUGGGGAAAAGUCCUGUUCUGGAGGUUUGGUUUUGUUUUUAAUUUUUUUUAACAUCUAUUCAUUAUUGAGAGACAGCAAGCAAGAGCAGGACAGAGAGAG